AUGGAGGAGGUGAUGGAGGAGGUGCUGGAGGAGGUGAUGGAGGAGGUGAUGGAGGAGGAGAUGGAGGAGGUGAUGGAGGAGGUGAUGGAGGAGGUGAUGGAGGAAGUCAUGGAGGAGGUGAUGGAGGAGGUGCUGGAGGAGGUGAUGGAGGAGGUGAUGGAGGAGGUGAUGGAGGAGGUGCUGGACGAGGUGAUGGAGGAGGUGAUAGAGGAGGUGCUGGAGGAGGUGAUGGAGGAGGUGAUGGAGGAGGUGAUGGAGGAGGUGACGGAGGAGGUGAUGGAGGAGGUGAUGAGGAGGACACAGAGUCUGCUGGGUCCUAAAGAGUCAGAACCCCAGAGUCUGCUGGGUCCUAAAGAGUCAGAACCCCAGAGUCUGCUGGGUCCUAAAGAGUCAGAACCCCAGAGUCUGCUGGGUCCUAAAGAGUCAGAACACCAGAGUCUGCUGGGUCCUAAAGAGUCAGAACCCCAGAGUCUGCUGGGUCCUAAAGAGUCAGAACACCAGAAGUCAGAACACCAGAGUCUGCUGGGUCCUAAAGAGUCAGAACACCAGAGUCUGCUGGGUCCUAAAGAAUCAGAACCCCAGAGUCUGCUGGGUCCUAAAGAGUCAGAACACCAGAGUCUGCUGGGUCCUAAAGAGUCAGAACACCAGAGUCUGCUGGGUCCUAAAGAGUCAGAACACCAGAGUCUGCUGGGUCCUAAAGAGUCAGAACACCAGAGUCUGCUGGGUCCUAAAGAGUCAGAACACCAGAGUCUGCUGGGUCCUAAAGAGUCAGAACACCAGAGUCUGCUGGGUCCUAAAGAGUCAGAACACCAGAGUCUGCUGGGUCCUAAAGAGUCAGAACACCAGAGUCUGCUGGGUCCUAAAGAGUCAGAACACCAGAGUCUGCUGGGUCCUAAAGAGUCAGAACACCAGAGUCUGCUGGGUCCUAAAGAGUCAGAACACCAGAGUCUGCUGGGUCCUAAAGAGUCAGAACACCAGAGUCUGCUGGGUCCUAAAGAGUCAGAACACAGAAGUCUGCUGGGUCCUAAAGAGUCAGAACACCAGAGUCUGCUGGGUCCUAAAGAGUCAGAACACCAGAGUCUGCUGGGUCCUAAAGAGUCAGAACACCAGAGUCUGCUGGGUCCUAAAGAGUCAGAACACCAGAGUCUGCUGGGUCCUAAAGAGUCAGAACACCAGAGUCUGCUGGGUCCUAAAGAGUCAGAACACCAGAGUCUGCUGGGUCCUAAAGAGUCAGAACACCAGAGUCUGCUGGGUCCUAAAGAGUCAGAACACCAGAGUCUGCUGGGUCCUAAAGAGUCAGAACACCAGAGGCAGCUGUGGCUACAGCAGUAG